GAAGGCAAGAUGAAUAAGACCAUAUUGUGGAGUUUUCUACUAUUUCUUUCUGGAAGUCAAACUUCAAGAACUAUGGAUCAAAAAAAUGCUGAAUUUGCAGUGGAUCUUUAUAAAGCUAUUUCUUCAUCCCAAAAGAACAUCAUAUUUUCUCCUCUUGGAACUACUAUGCUUCUUGGAAUGGUCCAGCUGGGUGCAAAAGGAAAAGCACAACAGCAGAUCCUGCGAACUUUAAGGAUGAGGGAAACCUCAGCAGGAGAGGAAUUUUCUGUGCUGAAGUCACUUUUUUCAGCCAUCUCAAAGAAGAAGCAGGAAUUUACAUUUAAUCUUGCCAGUGCCCUCUACCUUCAAGAAGGAUUCAUUGUGAAGGAAACAUAUCUCCAUAGCAACAAGGAAAUUUUUCAGAGUGCUACAAAACUGGUGGAUUUUCUGGAUGCAAAGACUUCUGCACAGACAAUAAGCACCUGGGUAGAAAGCAAAACAGAUGGAAAAAUUACAAAUAUGUUUUCAGAAGAAGAAUUUGGCCCCUUGACUCGUCUGGUCCUUGUAAAUGCCAUUUAUUUUAAGGGGGAUUGGAAACAGAAAUUCAGAAAAGAAGACACAGAGAUGACAGAUUUUAGUAAGAAAGACGGCCUAACAGUCAAGGUUCCAAUGAUGAAGGCGCUGUUGAGAGCAAAAUAUGGUUUUUUUUCUGAGUCAUCCAUGACAUGUCAAGUUUUGGAAUUGCCUUACAAGGCUGAUGACUUUAGUUUAGUCAUCAUUCUUCCCACAGAAGAUGUGAACAUAGAAGAAGUGGAAAAACAAGUUACUGCUCAUCACAUCCGGAGAUGGUUCUCUGAACUGCAUGAAGAAGAAGUAGAAGUCAGCCUCCCUCGAUUUAAAAUAGAACAAAAAAUAAACUUCAAAGAAGCAUUAUAUUCUUUAAAUGUAACUGAGAUAUUUAGUGGUGGCUGUGACCUUUCUGGAAUAACAGAUUCCUCGGAAGUAUAUGUCUCCAGGGUCAUGCAGAAAGUUUUCUUCGAGAUAAAUGAAGAUGGAAGCGAAGCUGCAGCAUCCACAGGCAUAAACGUCCCUGAGAUCAUGAGUUUGACUCAGACUCAAUUUCUAGCAAAUCAUCCAUUUCUGUUUAUUAUGAAGCACAUCCAAACAGAAUCAAUUUUGUUUAUGGGAAAGGUGACAGAUCCUGAGAUCCAAACAAAGAAAGGAAGAGAUUUAGAUUCACUCUGAAUAAAUUGAUGGUCUUCGAACACAAGAAAUCUUUUGGAAAAUGAUUGAUGGGUGAAACACCAUCAUUCUGAAAAAUUUCUAACAUAUCUGUUAAAAUUGUGCCUAU